CUGCGAGACGUCAUCAGCGCGCGCCGCGGGCACGAGGAGCAGCGCAUGUGUGUGUGAGUUGACGCGUGUGUGUGAGGGAGAUCAGUGGCAGCACGUGAAGAUCAACACACACAGAAAUGGCACCGAUUCAACCAGCAGAAAUCAUCUUCGCACAGAAGCUCGCGUCCAACGAGAAGCGCGACAGGAGCAAAGCCUUGCUGAAGCUGAGGAAGUACAUCACCGUGCGCUCGGGGAGAGCCCAGGGGGGUUUUGGUGAGGAUGAGCUGAUGAAGAUCUGGAAGGGGUUGUUCUACUGUGUGUGGAUGCAGGACAUGCCGCUUCUACAGGAGGAACUGUCCACCAAGAUCUCCAGACUUCUCCACAGCUUUCAGACGCUCGACAGCCAGCUGCUGUUCUUCAAGGCGUUCCUGCAGACCAUGAAGAGAGAGUGGACCGGCAUCGACCGGCUGCGCAUGGACAAGUACUUUCAGCUGGUCCGCUUCAUGUUCCGGGAUGUGUUCGAGAUGCUGAAGAGACGCCAGUGGGACUGCAGCGUGCUGUCCGAGUUCCUGCAGCUGUUCUCGGAUCAGCUCCUGCAGGGCUCCGGCUCGGCUCCGGCUGGGCUCGUGCUGCACGUGCUGGACCUCUACACCAGCGAGCUGGCCCGCGUCGGAUCCGCACAGCUGACAGCCGAGCAGAACCUGACCUUCAUCGAGCCGUUCUGCAAGUCCAUGGCCAAGACCAAAGAUCGGGUCCUGCUGAAGGCCAUCGGCAGCAAUGUGUUCGACACCAUUGUAGAUCAGGUUCCCUUCGCCAUCGAGGAUCUCCUCCGAGAGGUUGGUCAGGCUGACGGGGAGGAGCUGGACGCUAGUGGCGGAUCCCAGACCAAACCCCGCUCUAAGAAGAGGACGGAGGAGAACGGGUCAGAUGCUGAGGAGGACUGUGAUGAAGACUUGUUUUCAAUUCCAGACAACAUGGAUAGUAAGAGUGACUACGCGUGCGGACCCGUUCUCCAGUUCGACUAUGGUGCAAUAGCUGACAAACUCUUCGAGGUGGCCAGCAACUCAAACAUACCAAGCUUUAACCGAUCCAAGAUCUACAAGUUUGUGAAAGUUUUCCGGGACUUGAGCGAAGGCCUGUUCCCUCAGGAUAAGGUGGAGGACGUGUCCACGGAUGAAGAGGACUACAGCGAAAACAGACGGAGGAAAAACAGAAAGAAACUAACAAAAAAAGGCCGGACGGAGGACGCCAACCAGAAAAACAAGAAAGCCAAGAAGAAAAAGAGAAAGAACAAAAGUUUGAAGAGUGCUGAGGAGACGCCGGUCGAGUCCACGGACCCGGAUCUAACCCAGUCUAACGCUGAGCUAUCGGAUCGAGACGGGGAACACGAGCCUGGCCAGCUGAAGGCCGGAGACGCAGACGGCGUGGAGGACCAGCGGGACUCACAGGAGACGCCUAAAUCCGUGCGGAAAACACUGAUCAAGAAGAAGAAGAAGCAGCAGAGGGACCCAGGUGUAGUCCAGCCGGAGCCCAGCGCCAAUGGAGACGAGCUCCAGGUCCCAGCACACUCAACGCCUGUGAACAUGAAGAAGAAGAGGAAGAACCCAGCCGUAGUCCAGCCGGAGCCCAGCGCUAAUGGAGACGCCCAGGUCCCAGCACCCUCAACGGGUGGGAACAUGAAGAAGAAGAAGAUGAAGUCCGGCCCUGCUGAGCAGAUCCAAUCAGCGAAGAAGAAGAGGAGGGUGAAGGAUGAAGAUGUGCAGGAGAACGGACAGGCGGGCGAGACCAGCGGCAAGAGACCGAAGCUCACCAGAGAGGCCGGAGAGCACCGGCUCAAACCGCAGCAGUUCGUGCUCCGGCAGAAGAAAGCGCCCGCGCCGCUCUUCUGUAAAGCUGCGGGAUACAUGCUCAGCAAAAAGAUUUUGCCGAAGAAAGUCAGAUUUGGCCUCAAGAAUAAUAAAACCAUGGAGUUCAGGAAGAGUGACCGCAGCUCGCGGGUGGGUGUGGCCAGUCAGGCCAGCGUGCCCUUUGACCCCGCGAGGACCCCGAAGAGCAGCGUGUUGAAGUCGCCCUCGCCAUCACCCGCCGCCACCAGGAGAGCCACGGCCGCGGACUUCUUUUAAAAUAAAGAUCUUUCUUCUCUGUGAACUUUCAUCUACUGGAGUCUCUUUAGAAAAGAAAGAUAUAUUUUAUAUCCACUUUUAAAGUGUUCUCAUGUUUUGCUCUCCUUCCUACAUGUAAAGUGAGUUGCAAUAUUUUACGCAGGCUUUUUUAGACUGUUAGAGUGUCAUAAAUGUUCUCAUAAUGAGUUUACGCUGUCAGGAACGAGUGUUUCAGUUUCUGCAGUUCCUCGUAUCCCUGCUGUAGUGAGUGAAUCCCAAUCUCUCUCAUUACUGUUAAUGACCCACCGAUGAUGAUGAUGAUGAUGGAGUUCAGUCGCACGCAUGAGAGGCUUGCUUGCGCAGUCGGGAUGAGUGUGCGUUCACGUGUAUAUCAUGACUCUGAAUAAACCAAUCCUGUUUUAUAUUUCAGUGAGUAAUAACCUCA